AUGUUCGAAUCCCUUCUGAAAAUAUCGCUCUCUACGCCAAAGACACAAGACUUUCCAAAAUUCAUAAAGGAGACUCAACGUCGAAGCAAGGAACAGUACGGCCUUUCUCUGACCUACGAGGAGGUAACGACACCCGUGGUGACGGGUCUGUACGACUCGGUGAUCAUCUACGCCUGGGCCGUGGACCAGGUGUUGAGGUCGGGUGGUGACCCCUCCAAUGGGGUGCAGGUCACGCGGGUUAUCUGGAACAACACCAUCUCGGGCGGUAUCAGCGGUAUCAUCAAAAUAAACAGCUAUGGCGACAGAGAAUCCGACUACACCGUCACCGAUAUCAACCCAUCGACAGGUGACUGGGAGGAGGUGGCCCACUGGAGCGGCGCAGAGGGUGUUCUGAUCGAGGUGCACGACGUCUGGUGGCCCGGCGGCGGCGCGGCGCCGGCCAACCAGCCCCUGUGCGGCUACGCCGGCGACCGGGGACCGUGCCGGCCGCUGGAGGUCACUGAUCCGCUGGUCCUCAGCAGCCUGAUCGUUCUGCUCGGACUGGUGGCGCUCAGCGUGGCAUUGAUCAUUAUGUCCAGAUUACGGAGCAAGCAGCUAGAGCUAAAAAGCAAAUGGCAAAUUCACCUGUCGCAGCUAACUCCUUGUCCUGAAGACAACGAAUCAACGUACGACACAGGAGACGAUCACCGCCCGCCGCUGUGGGAGAGCGCCACCUCGCUGCCGUCCCGCGUCUCCUUCCGCGGCAGCAACGUGUUCCUCAAGCCCAUCGGCGUCAGCAAGCUGGUCGUCUCCAAGGAGAUGCUGCUCGAGUUCAAACAGAUGCGGGAGACCAGUCACGACAACUUGCUGUAUCUCCAUGGCGCGCUUCAGUUCGCCGGUCGCGUGUACUUUGUCACCGACUACUGCUCAAAGGGCAGUCUGGGUCACUUCCUUCGCAACAGUCCGCUCAAGCUGGACUGGUCACUGCGUCGCGCCAUCGUGUUUGACAUUGUCAGUGGACUCGACUACCUGCAUCACUCAGAGAUUGGAAGUCACGGCUCGCUCACGUCCAGUGACUGCCUCCUGAACGGACGAUUCACCGUCAAACUGACCGGUUUCGGAAUGAGCAGCGUGCGAGCGCAGAUGCCCCCCAACGUCCGACCAGAGCGACUUCUUUGGGUAGCGCCGGAGAACCUGCGCGAUCAAGAGAAACCCCGAGUGGCCACGGGAGAUAUAUUUUCCUUCGCGAUAAUACUGCAGGAGAUUGCCACCAGGACCAUGCCCUACGGUCACAUGACCCCGCUGGAGCCACCAGACGUUCUGGAGAUCCUGCAGCGGGUCCGUGCCGGCACCACGCCGCCGUUCCGUCCCGAGGUAUCCCGAGACCUGGUCGACGAGGCCCACUUUGAGCUGAUGCGCCAGUGCUGGGACGAGCUGCCCCACCAGCGGCCCACGGCAGCCGCUCUCAAACGACAGCUCACCAGGACAGUCAAAGCGAGCCCGAACCUGUUGGACGCCCUGCUGGAGAGAAUGGAACGGUACGUCAGCAAUCUGGAGGACCUGGUGGAAGAGAAGUCGGCCGCCUUCCUGGAGGAGAAACGUCGAUCUGAAGAACUUCUCUACCAAGUUCUGCCGAGAUACAUAGCCGAGCAGCUGAAGCAGGGAAAACAGGUGCGGCCGGAGAACUUUGAGUCGGUCACCGUCUACUUCUCGGACAUUGUCGAGUUCACGGCUCUGUCGGCCAUCAGCACGCCGAUACAGGUGGUUGACAUGCUGAACGGCUUAUACACGCUGUUUGACCGGAUUAUAUCCAACUACGACGUCUACAAGGUGGAGACCAUCGGAGACGCUUACAUGGUGGUCUCUGGUCUUCCCGUCAGAAACGGCAACUUGCACGCCAAGCAUAUCUGUCUGAUGGCGCUGUCACUGCUGGAAGCCAUCAAACAGUUUCACGUGCCUCACGACCCGGAGAAGACCCUCCAGCUGAGAGCCGGCAUCCACACCGGCCCCGUGGCAGCCGGCGUGGUCGGACUCAAAAUGCCCAGGUACUGCCUGUUUGGGGACACGGUGAACACGGCGUCACGGAUGGAGACCACCGGCCACGCCAUGAACAUCCACAUAUCGUCCGGCACCCGCGACCUGCUCAACUCGUUCGGAGGGUUCCAAGCUGUGCCCCGCGGAGGCGUGGUCAUGAAGGGGAAGGGCGUCGUGAAGACGUUCUGGCUGCUGGGCUACAACCAGGACGUCAACACCAGGGACGUGAUCGAAGACCUCGGGCCAGUGGAGAGCGAGUGAUUCACCUCGGGCCGGUGGAGAGAGAGUGAUUCAGUCGAGAGCUGACUUCUCUGAGUCGUACGCUGAAGAAAGAGAUAUCGUGGAUCUGCUGAGAUACAACGGCGAUCGGAGGCAGCUCUGUUGGGGCGACCCAGUCCAAUCCAUUUGCCAUCUGAGUGCUGACGUGAGCGGCGGAAACCGUUUUCUGUUUCUGUUUUCAGUCGGCGCGGCAGCCAAGGUGCUUGAACUCGUCGUUAGUUCCAGAUAUGGACAAAAGCCACGCAAUUGUUAUCAAUUGUAUGAUCUCUGUUGUCACGCGACAACACUGGUAAAUGUCAUAAAUGGUGCUGUUAUAAGGAGAAGUAAUUUCUCGACUGUUUCCAUGUUUCUUGGGUAGUCGACGUCAUCGAUGUGCUAAGAUCGUUGUUAAUGUAAGAGCGGACCUGUCGCCGGUUGCUAUACGUCUCGGCGAGCACGCAGUGCGCACCCACGCGCCCAGGCUUUCUCCCAGAUCGACAGAGUCUGUGUUGUUUGCAUGCUUUCCGAACCGUAAAGGCAAAUUUUGCCAAACUGUGUCCGGAAGAUGUCGUGACUUAGGUGUCCUUGCGUCUUUUGACGUUUGACUCCUUACAAGCUGUGAAUUCCUAUGAUCCAUUGACAGUGACUAGGCAUUCGAGCUUUUCGCAUGCCUUACAUGUUAGUAUAGGUGUUUGAAUAGAAUACAAUUGGUAAGAAGUGGUGCU